CUCAUCGCCUAUAUGCCACGCGACAGCGUUGAAUUAGAGCUUGACGAGAAACACUUCCACGGACGCCUAAAAGAUGUUGCGCAAAAUGAGUGGUUCGGAAUGGUGCAACAUCUUCUUAGUAUGGGAGUUCGGGACUCGUGCCCAGCUACAUGUUGGAAUGCGCGUGCAUACGGAGGGCUCGAGACGCACCCAUCAAUUCGUAUCCGCAUUGAAACCUCGCAUGCAAGACGCUUGGCCAUUUCGUAUUCGCCGAAGGGUCGACCCCACGCCUCUCCUAUCGUACGAUCUCUAUAUAUUGACCGAAACAAUCUCUUGCCGACGAAGACCCAGCGAUGAUGCAGAGAUAGAACAUGAAGAGGUAAAACUCCGUCAGCGACUCUGAUGCGUUGAUCUACCGAUUCUUUGGUCUAAAGAGGCCAUAGGUACAGAAAGCUCUUGCUCUAUCUUUCUUGGUUCCUUUCAACUGCCUGCGAAUUUAUUCUUUCGAGCUGCAUUUCUAUGUUCGUUUCACUCUAUAGUACUCCCAUUUCUGGGGAUUGAAGAAAAAAGAUGCACAGCACCAUCGAUCAGCACAUGUUUCACAUCGCUUCGCGCUUCUAAGGAUCGCAAAAAUAGAGUCGACGAACUUACCUUUUUGGUUUAUUCACUUGCAGAUCGCACGAUCGCUCAAUCGCUUCGACAAUGAGAACGAACGUAUUCCCUUCGACAUCAAAAGGGCGUCGCCGAUCGUCUGAUGACAAGACAGGCGGUGCAGAUAUGUCGCCCAGGCCGCCAAUAAAAUUUUGUAGGUUGGAUUGUCGAGGCUGAAGGGGGAUAGCAGCAGCGACUGAGGCGAGGGCCACGGUAAGUAGAAGAAGAAAGAUCUGCAUGUUUGCGAUAACCGCGGGUUUCCUAAACAAAAAAGAUCGUCCAAACAAAAAGGAAAAAGAAAACUCUUGGGUAUAUAGGAAAAAGAGACUCUGUACUGCGAACUCAACUGUAUAGGGGGAAACAGUAAUGAGUGUGGCGGAAAAAGGAAGAAAGUCAAGUUGACAGGCUUGUCUGGAAGCAGCAAAGCAACAAAACAGAGAAAGAAUGUGAGAACAAAGGAGUGUAUCUCGCGCGCACAUCACAAGUAUGAAGCG